AUGGCACAGCACGUUCCACGUCAAUCAAAGGACAACUUAGUCCAAAUUCGAAGAUGGCUUGAUACCUGCCGUUCAAAGCACGAUCGGUGUAACAAUUGGUGUUCAAGACUUGGAACGAAAGGUCGGCGACCGACAAGGGUUCUCGAGCUCAGCGACAAUGCCGUCAGAUUGCGGUGCAACCUGCAAGCCAUCGAUAGUUUUGAAUACCUGGCUCUUAGUCAUAUGUGGGGUACCAAUCCUUCACAACAGCUUCGACUGACGGCUUCAACGUUGCAGGAGUUUGAGAAGAUCAUACCACUAGAAUUAUUGCCAAGUAUCUUCGCCGAAGCCAUCCAAAUCACCCGUCAUCUCGGCUUUAGGUACUUGUGGAUUGAUUCGCUUUGCAUCAUACAAGACUCCAAACAUGAUUGGACAGCGGAGGCGAAUUUGAUGUCUGCAGUAUACAACAACGCUGUUUGUACGAUUGCAGUCCUGUUCCCACCUCAAGUCGCCUUCAGCUCUACUCAAUUUCGGGAUGAUCCCCGACAUUUAACACCUUGC